CUCUCUCCCAUCCGGACACCCACGCGUUCGUACGAGAUCCUCCCCUUUCUCCCUCCGUCCCUCCCUCCCACUUGCUUCAACCAACAAGCCUCGUUUCUCCAGGCUCGGUCUCAGGGUUCUCGGUUCUCACUCCCUCUCCUAUCCCCACCCCAGUCCUCUCACUCACAAUGUCCCGCCCACAACGCUCACGCAAACAAGUCAACUACGCUGAAGUAGCUUCCCUCGACGCUCCACUCUACCAACAAGACCUCUCAUCAUCCUCCAAGCGAGGAGGAGCAAAGACCGCCACAAAAGGCAAGGGAAGGAAGAACGCCGACGAUGCGGAACACGUGCAGUUGGCGGAGAAGGCGGGGGAUGAUGCCGUUGAUGUGGUGCGAGAUGGUGGAAAGGAGGAGACGGGGAAGAAGCGGAAAUCUGACGCGGCUCAGGAUGGUAACGGUAGUGGUGAUGCAGACCCGCAAACGGAAUCCCCUGCUCGACCAAACAAGCGAUUGAGCGUGCAGGAGCGAAGGGAACAAGCGGAUCUCCGUCUAGCUAUGGAAAGAUCCAUGCAUGGAGGAGGUGCCGACGAGCUUACGAUGGACGUUGCACAAUCAGAGAACGCUGUGGGCGAGACGGGAGUGGCUGGGUUGGAGAAUGACAAGGCGGAUGCACCGAAACCAAAGCCAAAACCCGCCACAACCGCCGCCACCAAACCAAGCACCACCAAAAAGCAAGUCACAAAACGCAAAACCACCCGAAACUCCGAGGACGAGGACGACGAGCCAUCUGAAUCUGACGCGGAGGUCGAUGACGAAGAUGGCGACGACGACGACGACGACGUGAAGCCCGCCCCAAAGAAGAAAACCACAAAACCAACCCCUAAACCUGCUCGAGGGGCAGCAGCAGCACAUCUUCAACCGAGCACAGCAGCUAACGUCUCAUCGGCACUACGGACCAGCACACGACGUCUGGUAUCCGCACCCGCUCCUGCAGCUUCUACGACACCCCCAACCUCCGCAUCAUCCGCAACACGCCCCACAUCAGCAUCAACUUCAACAUCCCACACAUCCACAGCGUCACCAGGCGCCGCAGCCUACGUCAACGCGCUGCCGUUGCGGUUGGGGCAGUCUAAGCGCGCAAAGUUGAAGCCUUUGUUGAAGUGUGUGCCGAGGCGGUGAUUGGGGUGGCGUAGAGGGGAAGAGGAAGGGGAAUGCUUGGGGAUGGCGGAUGGGGCGGCGUAGGUUAGCGGUUCUGUGAGUCGAGAUCAAGGUCGUAGGUAGCCAAGGCGUAGUUCACGAACUUUCCAUACUAUUGCACCAUGACUUUAUUCUUCUUGAAAUCUGUGGAUAUUAUGCCCAAAAAAGUUAUCCCAGACCUUCGUGUGCGGCCUUCCUGCUUGAUUAUUGAGCUUGAAAUGGAUACCAAGACACGAAGUCGGGAAAGCUGGAAACCGCGUCCUUC